UGUGUGUGUGUGUGUCCAAACCUCCUGAUCCUAGCCCUGGGAAGCACUAAGGCACUCCAGCACAUCCCUUGCCCCUAUCCAGGACUGAGGGUCCCCACAUCCCUUGGGGCCAAGGGGCAAGAGUGGGGGGCUCUCUGCAUCUCCUGCCUGCUCCCCCACUCCUGGCUGUUUCCUGUUUCACUCUGAGGGAAGCAGCUAGAGCAGAAUAUCUGCAAUGGGCCCAGCCUGGCUGGGAGCUCCAGGAAAGGUCGUGGCUGUGGGUCUGCGAGCCCACCCUGCCCCACUGCUGCCUGUGCUGCUGCCUGGUCCCAGCGCGGGGGAAGCUCUGCAUGCCCCGUCCUCGGCAGCAGCGCUGGCGCCAGCGUGGCCUCCCUUAUCUCGGCGGGAAGUCAGGAGCAGGAAGCCUGGCCCGGCGCGGGAUAAGGGUCCCGUUUACAUUAGCUCCUUUGUUGUGGAGCAGGCUCCCACCCUCACCCACUGCCCGCGGGGGGGCCCCGGCCAGGUCAGGAUCUGAGGAGCAACAGAAACCCUUGUCCAAAAUGCCACGAAGGGCUUAGGUGGUCCUUGCAAUGAUCCAUGUGAGGGCACGAGUAGGGAUGGGGUCUGCAAAGACUCUGCCUUGUGGUGUCCCCCUGCCCAGAUCAGCUCUCAGCUGGACGCUGCCCUGUGCCUGUGCACUGGUGUCUGUGGUAGCUCCUGGCUGCCUUGGUAGCACCGUGCUGGGCAUCCCUGAGCACUGCAGCCCACGCAUCUUGUGCCAUGUCCUGGUGUGGUAGCCCUGAUGUGCUGGCCCUGGCGGUGGCUCAGCCCCAGGGCUGGCUGGGAUGAGGGAAAUCAAUGAAUUCCCCAAACGGGAAGGUCCGGGGGAGGGGAGAGCACAGGAAAAAGUGCAGGCAGUGACGCAUGACGGGCAGAGCAGUGCCGGCCGCCCCGAGAGCACAGCCCCAUGCAGUGCCCUGGAGCCUCUCACCCACCUCCACCACCCACCGUGGUCCCCACGACCACGGCAUGUUCCGUUCGCGCCGAGCCGGGCUGGUGCGGAGGCUGUGGCGGCAGCGCUGUGCAGCAGCCAGCCCCGAGGACGGCCCCGCUGCCCUCAAGCCAGCGGUGCAUGCUCUCUUCAAGAAGCUGAAGGAUGAGGAGCUGGAGCUGCUGGUGCAGGUGGUGGAGAGCCGGGGUGCCUGGGAGUCCGGCUGCGUUCUGGCACCAAGGGGGGACCCACGAGGGGUCAAACAGGGACUCCCCCCUCAAGUCCUGCUCUGUCGCCUCUUCCGCUGGCCUGACCUCCACCAGUCCCAUGAGCUCAAGCACCUCUGCUACUGUGCUGGGGGCCAGGGAGCCUGCGGGGACUUGGCUGGGCUGUGCUGCAACCCCCAUCACUUCAGCCGCUUGGCUGUACCUGAAACCCCACCACCCCCGUACUUGAAGGCAUCCUGUGGUCCCUCCUGGCCAGAUGAGCCCCAGCUCAUGGAGUUCAGCUACGACGGUGGGGACUGGUGCGACACCAGUCUCUCAUGGAGCACCAUCAAGGACGGCUGUUGGUGCAAACUGGCUUACUGGGAGUACCGGACGCGCGUGGGCCGCCUGUACGCUGUGCACGAGGCGUCGGUGAACGUUUUCUGCGAGCUGUGUUCGAUUAUGAGUGGGCAGGGGGCACAGGGGGCUGGCAGCUGCCUGGGGAGGGGCCCUGUGACCCCCACAGUAUCCGCAUCAGCUUUGCCAAGGGUUGGGGACCCUGCUAUUCCCGGCAGUUCAUCACCUCGUGCCCGUGCUGGCUUGAGGUCCUGCUGAACCAGCCACACUGAGAGUGGAGCUGGUGGGGGGGUGCCAGGGAGGUCCCCCAAAGCAGGUUGACAAGCUGGGGGUCCCUUCUACUGUUCCUCAGCCUGUGUCUUCCAGGGCUGUGUUGUAGCAGAACUGUCCUGGCUCUGGGGACUCUGUGCCUCAGUGCUGCCUGGAUGCAGUGCCCCUCUUGCAGGGUUCAGCACCUGCUUCCCCCAGCCAUGGGGCUCUCAGUGACACAGGACACUAUUUAAUAUCUUUUUAUUAUUAUUAUUAUUAUUUUAAUGUUUAAGUUUAUAUUAAUUUAUCUAUUUUUGUAUAAAAAGCAGAGCAUGAGGCAGGAGUCCCCAUUGUCAGGGCCAGGCCUGGGGGGUGGCAGCUAGAGCCCGUGGGCACAGGGGGAGCAGGAGAGAAGGGAGGUGAGAGGGAAUGAGGAGGAAGGGGAAGCUGUGGGCCUAAGUGUAACUGCAGACAAGGGGAAUGGGAGUGAACUGGUACAGCUGGGGGGAGAGGUGAGGCAGGUGAGCACAGCUGGAGUGAGGGGCAGGUUAGAACAUCUGGAUAUGUGUGGGGCAGGUUAGAACAUCUGGAUAGGUGCGGGGCAGGUUGGAACAUCUGGAUAGGUAUUGCAUAGGUUAGAACAUCUGGGUAGGUGUGGGGUAGGUUGGAACAUCCGGAUAGGUGUGGGGUAAGGCUGGAACAUCUGGGUAGGUGCAGGGCAGGUGCAAUGGGGGGGACAGGUGAGCACUCCUGGGGUGGGGACAGGUUCAGGGUUACCCAAGCUAGGUCCCAGGCUUCCUUCAACCGUUCUGGCAGCAUGGGGGGAGCCCCGAGCAAGCGCAGCCGAGGGGAUCCCGGAUUGCCCGAGUCGUGUCUGCUGUUUUUAACCUAAAUAAAGGGUGCCACGGGCACCAAGAGAC